AAAGUCCUCCUCCUCAUCGCUACCUCUACCAGCGGCUGUCUAGUCUACGGCGUGGUGCAGGAACACGGUUGUUACAAUAAAUCGAUUAAAUAAAUUGAUAAUCAUCAUCGACUAUUGCAAAGCCAUGGCUAGCUACCACAAACCCGAUGAGAAAACUCUGCAGGGACUGAAAGACGUCGCCAACAAGCUGAGGAUCCACUCCAUUAAUGCGACAUGCGCUUCAAACUCCGGCCAUCCGACCUCAUGCUGCAGCGCAGCCGAGCUCAUGUCGGUGAUGUUCUUUCACUCCAUGCGAUACAAAGCCGCUGACCCCCGCAACCAGUGCAACGACCGUUUUGUCAUGUCAAAGGGCCACGCUGCACCAAUCCUGUAUGCCGCCUGGGUAGAGGCCAACUAUGUGAAGGAAGCAGACCUGCUGAACCUGCGCAAGAUAGACAGUGACCUGGAGGGGCACCCUACACCCAAACUGGCCUUUGUUGACGUGGCCACUGGCUCCCUGGGCCAGGGCCUGGGGGCGGCCUGCGGGAUGGCCUACACUGGGAAAUACUUUGACAAGUCUAGCUACCGUGUGUACUGCAUGAUGGGUGACGGGGAGUGCUCCGAGGGCUCUGUGUGGGAGGCCAUGUCCUUCGCCUCUAUCUACAAGCUGGACAACCUGGUGGCUGUGCUGGACGUUAACCGUCUGGGCCAGAGUGAGCCUGCACCCCUUCAGCACGACAUGGAGGUCUACCGCAAGCGCUGUGAAGCCUUUGGGUGGAACACGUACGUUGUGGACGGCCAUGACGUGGAGGAGCUGUGCAAGGCUUUCUGGCAGGCCAAGCAGGUCAAGGACAAGCCCACCUGCAUCGUGGCAAAGACCUUCAAGGGCAAAGGACUCAAAAACAUCGAGGACUUGGAGAACUGGCACGGGAAACCCAUCCCCAAGGACCGUGUGGACGAGCUCCUGAAGGAGCUGCAGAACCAGAUCCAGGUGCCCAACAAGAAGAUGGUCGUCGAGCUGCCCAAGGAGGACACGGCGGUGGCGGACCUCUCUCCCAUCCGCCUGCCCAAACCCCCAGCAUACAAACUGGGAGACAAGUUUGCGACCCGGCGUGCGUACGGCGUUGCGCUGGCCAAGCUGGGAGAGGCCAGCAAGAGGGUGGUGGCCAUGGACGGAGACACCAAGAACUCCACCUUCUCCGAGACCUUCAAGAAGGCCUUCCCCGAGCGCUACGUCGAGUGCUUCAUCGCCGAGCAGAACUUGGUCAGUGUAGCCAUCGGCUGCGCCACCAGAGACCGCACGGUGGCGUUUGCCAGCACGUUUUCAGCCUUCUUCUCCAGGGCGUACGACCAGAUCCGCAUGGGUGCCAUCUCCCAGUCUAAUGUCAACCUGGUGGGCUCCCACUGCGGGGUCUCCAUAGGUGAGGAUGGGCCUUCUCAGAUGGCCCUGGAGGACCUGGCUAUGUUCCGUGCCAUCCCCACGUGCACAGUCUUCUACCCCAGCGACGCGGUGUCCGCAGAGAGGGCGGUGGAGCUGGCGGCCAACACCAAGGGAAUCUGUUUCAUUCGCACUAGCAGACCAGAAUCAAAGGUCAUCUACGCCCCAGAUGAGAAGUUUGAAGUGGGCGUGGCUAAGGUGGUGCGCCAGUCUGACGACGAUCAAGUGACGGUGAUUGGAGCUGGUGUGACUCUGCACGAGGCGCUGGAAGCUGCCGACAUCCUGGCUAAAGAGGGGAAGAACAUCCGAGUGGUAGACCCGUUCACCAUCAAGCCCCUGGACGCUGCCACCAUCCUGUCUGCCGCCAGGGCCACAGGCGGACGCAUCAUCACCGUGGAGGACCACUACAAAGAGGGUGGUCUCGGGGAGGCGGUGCUGUCGGCGGUGGGGGAGGAACCCGGCGUGGUGGUGACCCGCAUGGCGGUGAGCGGUGUGCCCCGCAGCGGGAAGCCCCAGGAGCUGCUGGACCUCUUCAAGAUCAGCGCCAAGCACAUCGCCCAGGCCGUGCGCCAGACCUACGCCAACUAGAGGAAGCGGAGGAAGGAGCUCUCCACGCAGCACUUCUGCAUUCCUCAUCCACCGACUCCCAGCAGCUAAAUCUCCCGCAGAACCUUUUGACCUCACCUAGUACUCUGGCGCCCACUUGUGGCAUUGACUACCGUGUGCAGCCUGUAACUUCUAGUAUCCGCUACCCAACCUUUGUGGAUUUCAGUAAUUCAAGACUGGAGGGAAUAAAGGUUUUAAUUUGUAGUGCCCUAGCUAAGCGCCAUGUUAACUUUUCUUAUUCUGUAACCCACCGCAACCCUAAAAUGACCUAUUUUACAGCUGUUUUUGUUGGUUUCCUACAGCUUGCGGUGUCUACUUAUUUUCCAUGCACUUGUUUGUAUAUUCACAUGUUUUUGUUCCGUCCAGGUUCUGCUCUACUUGACAAUACACUCAGCAUUCCACUGUUCGCUUGCUGUUCAUUCCAUUUGGUGUAGUGCUGAACACUUGGUGGUCCUUGCAGAGUUGAACCGACUGUGUACUAUGGGUUGUUUGUGUGGCUGUAUGUACUUGACUGCUUUAACUGUUACUAAUGGUGGUGAAAAUUUGAUCUGUCAUCUGGAUUGCAGUGCUGCGUACCGAAAUAAAAAAAGACUUGAGAAAA